GGCACCAGUCGUGAGUGCUGUCGAAAGGAUGAAGGUUCUGCUGUACGCGAUAGCUUUGGUUGCGGUGGUGGCAGCGUAUGAGGAGCCGACCAGGUUCUACCACAGCAACUAUGGCGUAACCGAGGCCGCGCGCAUCAAGCAACUCGAACAAGCCUUGGACUUCGAUGGCAGCAGGAUAACUGGUGGCUCCAAUGCGAACGUCGGUGCUCAUCCUCAUUUGGGUGGUUUAGUGAUAACACUGAUGGAUGGUCGUCAAUCCGUUUGCGGAUCCUCACUGAUCACCAACACUCGCUCUACGACUGCAGCUCACUGCUGGAAUGACGGAAACAACCAGGCUCGUCAGUUUCAAGUUGUGUGGGGUUCCAACCGUUUGUUCACUGGCGGCACCCGUGUCAACACCAACCAUGUCAUUAUGCACCCUAACUGGAACUUCCGCAACCUCAACAACGAUAUAACAUCAACAGGAUCCAAAUGGCCAGUGGAAAUAACGCUUUCACCGGAGAGUGGGCAACGGCCGCCGGUUUCGGUCGUAUUAGUGACUUAUUAUUGUCGGUUCGACCCUCUGCGUCGCCACCACUGGCGGCAACAGCCCUUGUCCAGGAGACUCUGGUGGCCCCCUUGCCGUCGGAUCCGGCAACAAUCGUCAACUUGUGAGUACCCAUAUAUAACUAUAUCGUCUACAGCUAUAGGAUUAAAAAGAUUGGUAUCGUGUCAUUCGGCUCUGCCGCUGGCUGUACCCGCGGCUUCCCCGCAGCCUUCGCUCGAGUCACCUCAUUCAACUCCUGGUUCUCACAGCAUAUGUAAAUUUUACGAUGCGUUCAAGGCGUCAUUGGCGGAGGCCCUCUUAAGAUUGUUAAAGUGUUUAGCGGAACGGUUCCCCGACUGCAAGGAAUGGCUUCCGAUGUCAACAAUAAAGCAAUAA